CAUCGCUGUAAACUAGUAAACAUGGCGCCUCCCUCGGAAUGUCAUCCUUUGGGAGGUGGCUACUGUACAAACUUCCUUAAAAUUUUAUUCUUAUCUUCACUCUUAUCUACUGCACACGGCUACUACCAGGGGCCUCGUGAAAGGUGCUCAAUACCUCAAACACUACAGGGAGAGUGGUACUCCAAGGAGCGCGGCGAUGACACCUAUACGACCAUCGACAACAACCGCAUGUCAAACCGGGGCGACUGCCUUCACCUCGUCAAACAAUCUAACGACAUCUUUACCAUCAUAUUUGAAUACAGUGCCUGCUACUACUGCGUUCGCAUAUUUGUACGGACCCUGAACGUUCUGGAAAAGAUAGAAACUGGAUGCGUCAACCUGAAUGAUGGUGAAACACCUGAUGUGAAGACUGUGUGCCGCUCCCUUGAUGUCAAGCAAGAGAGGAUCACCCUUUUCUCAACCAACCCAACGGCAAAGAACUGCCGUUCAAGCCUGGAAGGCGUGUGGAAGUUUGCGUACCAAAACACGUACAAGUUCACGGGCGAGUGUAAGCAUCCAGACGCCAACAUAACAGCCUGUCAGAUGCCGGGCACCCAGUUCUUCGUCGUCAACCAGCAGUUCACCAUUAACUACAAGCAGUGUGAGGGCAUGCUGGAGACCGAGGAGGGAGAGGUUCAGUACAAGUGCCUGGGGGACUGGUACGUUGGCAAGAACCACUACUUCGCUGUCAUGAACACUCGUGAGAGUCGUAUUGACGCAAAGUAUCGCUGCUUUCUUGCAAACAGAGAUGAUGACAUCUACCUCGGUGUCUCUAUUGAACCUGAGUGUUCAUCUCUCAAAACACCUCAGGAGUCGCCUGAGCGCUACCGCAUGGAACAAGUGAAAACCGAGAUCGUGCAGCCAAGCUGCACGCUGCCCGACAACUUCACCGGCAUGUGGCUCAACACGGCCAACUUUGACGCACAGGUCAUCAUUAACAAAACGCACAUAGUCGAAACCUGGAAGCCGGAUACCGGUCGGAUCAAGGAGCAGAUCUACGUGUGCGUUGAAGCACGGGAGAACAGAUACCUCAUGGCUCGUCAUGGCAUUCACGGCUGCCAGAGGGACUUUGUUUGCUUCAACUUUGUGCCGCGGCACCACAGUGUCAUCCGUUACAGGAAAGGCAAGGAAAUGAUCACAGAUGAGUUCUCAACUGUCUGCUCAUGGACCAUGUUCCCUGACAAACAGCAAUGGCGCUAUGACAUCCUCAUCUCGAGAGAGCCGGUCUCCAUCAAGUGCCCGGUGGCAGGAAAGUUCCGGUUUGACCAGACGGGCGACAUACCUUUCGAGACGCGAAUCCGCGGAGGGGUCACCCAGAUUCCGCGGCCCAAUGUAUACUGCAAGGAGAACAUCUCUGACUUCUCCGUGUGCGACAAGGAUCAGAAGAUCAUCCUCAUCGAUGCCAACUACUGUAUUUCUGUUGACUACUACGGCCGGCCUGUGGACAUCUACAGUGAACCUGACUACGAGCUCAAGUGUAUUGCCUUCUGGAAAGAAAACUUACGGUCAUACCUCAUCACCUACAACGAGGAGGAUGCUUACAGCAAAUAUCGGUGCUGGGUGUACCAACGAGCAGACCUAAACCGUGUCCUCAUGUCCCAGUCUGUGGGGGCAUUUUGCCACGUCCUGCAAGAUGUCACCUCCAACAACUACACCGAAGGCGCUGAAGUUGCCCUGGACAUGGUCGAAUAUGAGCGUGAACAUGAUGACUGUCCGAUGUACUUCGAUGACGGAUCCAAUCCGUAUCAGCAGAUUGCCGAGCAGGCGGCAAUUCUGAUGGGCUCUGCAACUAGCCUCACGAGCCACAUAUCAGUCGUACACCUUAUGCUUCUGGUAUGUCUGCGCUCCUUGUUGUGACUGCAAAGCAGCUGAUAGAGCAAGGAUUUUAUGCUGUGGAUCUGAAGAGGCUCAAGACUUAAGACUGUAAGAUAUGUCCAUGUCAUGCAUACAGUAUGUUGUCUGUCCCGUGCACCUGCAAAGUGCCCUAAACACCUGUGGCUGGCGUGUUGGAGGUAGAAAUCUAGUUUGAACUGAGUUUACCACCUGGGAUAGUUUGAAAUGUCAUCUCCGCAAAGUAUCAGGGCACACAUAUGGUCUCAAUGCUGCAGUACCAGCUGGUUUCUUUCACCUUGUGCUGUUUAGGUGCAAAGUAUCCUUGAGCCUUAAAGCUAGCCACAAUGUGAUUUAAACGGUUUUCUCGGGACAUAACUAUGACGUGUCUAUAGUCAGUGACAGCCUAAGAAUGCACUGGUAAAUACAUUGCUGUCCAGCACAAGGCGAAAUUGUAUGAGUGUAUCAGACACAUUUGUUUACUUAUCUUCAUGGCGUCAGGCUGGAGCUGAGCAUUUUUCAACAUCUGUAUCUCUUGGCAACUACCUUAUUUACUCACACAAGGCCCGCACUUUUCGCUGAUUUUUCACAGGCUGCAGGUCUUACAUGAGGCAGCCUGCUCACUGAAGCCUGGAACUGUGCUCAGACUGCUAUGCAGAAUAAUGCAACCACUAUUAGCUAACUAUGAUCAAUUUUAUUCACUCGUCCUCGCCGCUUUUUGUUGUCCUCGUUUGACAAGCUAGCCUCAUUGGUGCUCUCCUAAAGGUGGUUGUCCUCUGUGCUGUCCAUUACUAUUUGAGAUUCCAGUCACCACAAAACUUUGGACAGUAGUCUUGAAUAAGAGCACACACUUGUAAUGGAGCCUGCUCAUCUUAGUUCGCCUGAAAGCAUAAUGCUGCAGCUAAUCUUAUCAAACAGCGUGCCCCAACAGAGCGAGGUAGUAGUAGUAGUAGUAGUAGUAGUAGUAGUAGUAGUAGUAGUAGUAGUAGUAGUAGUAGUAGUAGUAGUAGUAGUAGUAGUAGUAGUAGAUUUUCUUUCUUGCAUACAUGCACAAAGAGACAGAAAAACGUGCUUUAUGCACUUGACAAAGGCUUCCAUACCUGUGGUCUUGCGCAAAGCACGUUUGACGUAUCAGAACAACAUGAGCAAUAACAAAGUGACAUUUCGCAUUUACAAAAGAAGCUACAACAGUAGUUAUACUGUAUAGUAAUAGGUAUGCGCGUGAUGCUUAGUGACUCUUUCUUUUUCCAAAUUUAAGCACUCCAAAGUGAAGCUACAGGCCUUACACCAGGGCUGGCCUUACAUAAUACAGUAUGUUUUCGAGCACGAAGGCACAGAAAGGGCUUGUGCUGAAUUCUUAGGCUGUCGCCGAGUAUAGGGAGGUCACUUGCUCUCUGUCCUCACACAUUAGUGUUCAAAUAAAAGUAGAAGUAGACUUCCUGAAUUUGCCAUCGAACCUGCAACCGUGUAGCAGGUCUUUGGUGCUUAUUACCGAACUUCAAGUAGUCGAAAUUUAACCUGCAACAAUUUACGACAGGGUCCCUCAUUUUCUAGUUUCGGCGUUAUGAUGGAGAACCUGAAAAAUCUGUCAUUAAAAUUGUUUGGUCAGUUUCCGUGGCAGCUCAGGGGCUACGGCUGCUGCCACCGAGCAUAAGGUCGUAAGCUUGUUAUGUAUCCAUGGGCAGCUAUGUUUUGUUGGUAGGGAAAGCAAAAGCAUCUGUGCACCUUGUGCGCGCUAUCGAGUCUCAUGUUGACAUAAUUUUGACUGCUGUCGUUUAUGUACUAGCCCAAGCGCUGCCUUGUUGUAUGAGCCCACAUAAAUCAAUCAAUCAUUUUGUCAAUCUUAACAUCAUCAAUCAAAUCAUUAAGGCCACUUGAAUUAAGACUACGAGCAGCCUAUACCAUGGUGGCCGUGGAGUGAAAUAAGUGGGACCAGGGGGGGGGGGGGGGGGGGUAUUCUGUAAGAGUUCACCUAGUGGACUGCCCAUUUCGGCCACUGUUGAUUGGGUGCAGCUGUGCGAGCGAGGGGGAGACGAGCAGCCCCAGCCAAUCAGCAGUGGCCGCAACGGAUAGUCCACUAGGUGGACCCUACAGAAUACCUCCCCAGUUGCGUAAGUUUGAUCUCUCGCUCUCUCUUUUUCUUUUCUGUGCCAUCUCUGCAAGAGUACCUAUCUUCAUAGUGACGUGAGUUCGCAUUUGAGCACUUGUAGCUGGACUACAAGAUGUAAAAUAUAGUUGUAGUCCAGCACAAGAAGUUUUAAUCAACAAUCUGUUGUGUAGUAUUCCAUACAGAGGGCCUCAGACUAAACUGACUUGAGUGUCAGGAUUACUGACAACUAAUUCAAGUUUGGGUAAUGCUAAAACAAAUGUGCAACAUGUUGUUACUGUUUUACUUGGUGACAAAACUCUCCAUUGGCCGCAGUUUAAUUGUGAUAUGGGGAACAGGUGCUUGUUUUUCGGUAAGCAAGGUGUGUGAGAACAAGUGUUAGUGUUACAUCUAUUGAAAAAGCAUUCCAGUUGCUUAACAAGACAACAGUAAAGAAAUUGAAAUGCUUGUGGCUUUUUACACCACUGUCCAUUGUUUUUUUAUCAUGUGGCUAGCUUACAGUGCAGGUCUUUUUGAUGCAUGUUCUUGUUAUUUCUCCCUCCCUUUUCUUUUUGUAAUCUCACAUGAAGCGAUGCAUGACACUUGUUUUAUUGAACUAUGUAAUGGUCCCUUCGUGCUCCUCCGUCGCAGCAGAAAAUGAAUGGCCCUGGUGAUAAUGGCCUUUGCAGAAACGGCAACUAUCAAAAGAGCAUGCUGACAAAAACAAGCUGCUCAAGGGGUUGUUUUUAUUUACUCUGUUGUCACUGGCAUUUUGCCUUGAGACAUCAGGUGCAGUGGAAAAAGGUAAAGGUGCAGGACCAUAAGGGGAGGUGUGCAGGACAUAGCGCUAGACUUCAGAUCAUUGUCUAUCUUGCUGAGAACACGCAAGGCAUGGGAUAAGCGGAAUAAACAUGCAGAGUGACAUUUCGUUUCAUUUCAAGGCAACAAGCCGUCGCUGUAUGUUGUCAUGCAGACUUUUUUUCUCUAGCUAGGCAGGCAAAAGGUGAAAGAUAGCUGGGCCUACUCUUUGAAUACAGGAAGCUCCCUCUGCCUCUCUGUCAUCAUCCUAACAAGGCCAUUGCAGGGCAGCCAAAUCGCUCGGUGUUCUGUAUAAAGUCCGCGAGCAAUAAGAUCCUAUCGCGUCCCAUGCACCGUACGUUGUGGGUGCGUGGGCGAACCGAAAAGGAUGGUGGCUUGAUGCGUGCCCUCUUCUUGUGCAAGCAGAUGGUGGGAUAAAAGCGUAGGGGGGGGGGGGGGCAACUUGAUUCAAGCGAUCGCUAAGGGAGACUGGGAGUCCAGCACAGCUUAUGUUGGAGACAAUUUGCAGUGGGUGCAAAGAUUGGGCGAGCCAAGAUGGGAGUGUCUUCCUGUGCAUUUAGAGCUCGAGGCCACCUAAUCUCAAGUUCCGGAGAUGCAUUUUACCAAGAGACAGAUGAAGCAUUGGCUCAACUCUGCCUGCACUCUUCAUGAUAUUGUCAACCCACUGGGUGCAACACUAUCGUGCAACAGCGGAGUUGACACGAAAGCUUCGCAGCUUCGCUUUGUGCUGCCAAUGUAAAGAUGUCAUCGACACGGCAUGAAAGCACAUCUUUAGUUGCUGACUCUCAAAUUAAUGAAAUAAUUUUUUUUUUCUCAUUUAAAUUAAUUUUUUUCCUAUUGCCCGGUAAUUCAAAAUAUUUUACGGCCCCUUCUGUGCAGGAAAAAUCUGUCGGCGACUUUGCUUAUUGCGUAAAAGAUUGAAUCUGAAUGUCACAGAAGUUUGGUAUAACAACGUAAGUUACCUAAUAUACUGACUUUGUUAUAUUGAGGUCUAAAUGUACCGACUGCAGCAGUCUCUUAUCAUUGGGACCAUGAACAUGGCUGUCAGAUUAUUAUUAUCGACAUUGUGUAAUAGUACCUUCAUGUGUGGCUGCAGUAUUGUUGAUUGUGACAUACCGGUUAGCAUUGAAACUGCUAACUCUGCUUGCUGUUGAGAUCAUAGUAAUAAUUGUUUACAUGUGUUCUCUUUGUUUACAUCUUUCUUUUUUGUUACCGCAUUGCUUUUCUCCACCUUCUACAAAAAUUUAAACAUAGUAGAGGUUUCUUUUAAUGCAUUUGUGUGUUUACACAUCUGUACAGUAUGCUUGUCCUGUGUACAAUAUGUUUGGUUCACCAUGCAUGAUGGAAGUGUUUUUCAAAACCCAUGUUGAGUCCAACCUUAAGCAGAAUCUCAUAUUUACUUUUGUGCACAUAUUAGUGCAUUGUUGAAGGGUGCAUUAAUGUGUACACUGUAUGAUACAGAAGCUUUAGUGGUGUUAUGAAAGAUAUAUCAUAUUUGAAAUGCCUGUGCUCUUGAGGUGAAAGUUUUGUAAUGUUCACUUGACAUGAGUUGUUUCUGCAAAGGUUCUUUAAAUUUUCUGAAGACAAAAUCCAGAUAGGCAGUCUUUUUAACAGUGCUAUGUUCAGGACAGUGAAUGUUAAAUAGCGUGUGAUGGUCGCAAAGAAAGCAAUUAAUUUUGUGAAAUUAGCUGAAGAACCGUUCGUUUACCCUUGGGCACAUAUUGCAGUUAUUGAAUCAAUGUGAGCGAAUGCUCAAAGCACAUUCAUUUACAAAAAAUCAUAGCACUAGCAACAGUGCAAAAAUAUCCGUCCAUGGAAUGUGUAGCGAUGCUUCUGUGUUGCACCCAUAUAUAUCACAUAACUGUAAUAUCUGUCAUCAAUUCAUCAGUUGCAAUGCAUGCCUUGAGGUUAAUAAUUAAGCGGUUAAUUAGGGUAUCUCUAGUUUAAAGUUUGGUAAUUAACUUAUUAGCUGUUGACUGAUGCACUCAGGUGUUGCUGUGGUAAUCAUUAUUUAGUGCAAACAUUGACAAAAUACUAUUUGAAGACUGGCUAGCAACUGUCUUUGGAAGGUGUACAAUGUCUGUUUGCCUGAAUGGAGAGAAGGAGAGAAGGUAUAGCAAAGAAGAGAUUGGAACAUGAAAAUAGGAAGCUGGAAGUGAGGUGGAAAUAUGAAAGGGUAACGCCAAAGCAAAAUAUCACUAUAUUCAAUGAAGUAUGCUCGUGAGCAAAGGUAAUGGACCCCCCCCCCCCCCUCGUUAUCUGGUUUAAAUUUUUGCGUCAGCUAUAGCAAAGAUGUCAUUGUUUCAAGUAUGUGACAAAUGCCCUAAACAAGAAUUAGUGGCAAUUUUUCCAUCAAGUGAUGGUCUAUCGUGAUCUGAGAAAUGUGGUGGGGUCUGUGACAUGAGCAUGCGACAUGCAUACGCAGUUCACACAGAAAUGUGACAUUAGAAAGAAGUGUAGGGGUAUAGUUAUUCAGUCUUUAGAACGCUAUAAACAUUGACAGAGAAGCGGCCCAUCGAGAGAAGCAGCAGUCUUAGACAGCCAGAAACAAACUAAAGAAAUGCAGAAGAACCAUCCACUGCCUUAGAUAACGCAGCACAAGAAAGUUCUUGCAUACUGAUCGCUACUACAAUGUCUUAAUAAAUUUUUGGCAUUCUUAGUGGAAACAACUCUUGCAUGUGGCCGUGUGUUGUGAUGCUACACCACUUCGAGCAAUAUUCGGUAUAUAGCAUGUGAUGCUGGAGCAAGGCUCGACUGUGGACGUACACCACCGUAUUAUCAAGUGCCAUGUGGCCAUGUGCAUGACAUUCCAUUACAUCCGUCCAUUUUUAGCAUGUUUGCACCCCAGUGAUCCAGUCACAUUCCAUGCUCUAGCAGUGUACUGCUGUUUGUACAUGUUCUAACACUGCUGUCCUGGUGUUUUUACCCUCUUUACAUUGAAUGCUGUUUGCCGUGCAGUUAAAUAAACUUUUAUUUUUAUCUAAACAGAA